CAAACGUGAAUACGGAACAGGCAAAAGCUUAGAAUCAUUAGCACUGCUCACACUGCAUCAACGCGGUAAUUGCAAAAAACAUAAAUCCCCCCCGCAAUGAGGUCUAUAUUGUUCUUUGCUAUGAUGGCCACCUUAGCUACAGUGGCUUUAUCACGUAGUGGUUUUUGGGGCCAUCGUGAAUCUGGAGAUACCCUCAUCUACAGCAAAGAUAUACAAGUCUCGGCAAAAACAGACAAAAUAGCCACCAAAAAGGUAUCUUAUGAUCCCUGGUUUAGCAGACCUCGCAUUACAGCUGUAGUUGUCACUGACAAUUUCAAGGAUAGCUAUGGAGCAGAACCCACAUUGUUAAGGGGUGGUGUUGGCCAAAAGUAUGUCAAUAUCUUAUUGACUGGUCAGAUGUCCAAGGGGAUUGAUUCAACUGUUAAAAUUUAUGGGAAAAAAUAAUAUAAGACUAAUUGGUGCUAUUAUUAUCAAUUGCCAUAAACUAGCGAACAUAAUCACCGACCAUACUAUUAUCAACAAAGUUUUAUUGUAAAUUGAUAAGUAGGAAUAAUAAAAUUAUCAUUGAUAAUGGGCUUCACAGUAAAAAACAGCAAUAAUUU